AUGGUAACGCAAUUUGAUCCAAAGCUCUAUCCCCGUCGGGUGCGAUAUGCCGCCCUUCUGACGGUCAAUGUCUUUGUCUUUAUGGGGAAUAUGUACUCGUCCGGCAUAGCGACAGGGUUUGAGUCACUAGCCAUGGACUUGCACGUCAGCUAUCAGAAGCUCGCCGAUCUGAUCUCGUGGUCUGUUCUCAGCAUGGGCCUUGCCAACCUCUUCUGGAUGCCACUGGCCUUGACAUUCGGCAAGCGACCGAUAGUGCUGAUAUCCAUGGCGAUGUUUGUGGCGGGGAUCAUCUGGACGGUGGUGGCGAAGGAUUACAACAGUUUAAUGGGGGCUAGAGUGUUUGCAAGCUUCGGCUAUGGUUCGAUUGAGUCAUUAGGACCGAGUAUCCUCGCUGACAUGUUCUACGAGCGCAACUACUCCAGCGCAAUGGCCAUGUACGCCCUCUUCCUCUCCGCCGGCUCUCAGGUUGGCCCGAUGAUUGCAGGCUACCUUGUCGCUGCCCGCGGCUGGCGGUGGUUUUUCAUUGUAUGCUUGAUCGUGGCGGCGGUCAACCUGGUCACAACCUUCUUUUUCCUCCCCGAGACCAUGUACGAGUCCGACCGCGAAGAGGAGCAGGAUGACGAAAUGCAAGGAAAGAACGAGGUCAUCCACAGUCAUAUCGAGAGUCUGCCCACGUCAGCGACGCGGCAAGCCCGCGAGGCCCAGCCAUUCUCCUACAACGAGUACUGGAAGGGGCUGUUCCGACUCGGUAUCUCGACGGAAGCCCGACAGAAAGGCGUGCUCCGGUUCCUGGGGUACGCAGCCUGGCUCCCGAUUCCCAUGCUGUUGCUCCCAGGAGUAUUACUGGCUUCGAUGAUGUAUGGAGUGGUACUUGGCGCCGUCGUCUCAAUCUCCACCCUCUCCUCCUCCAUCUUCAGCGCCCCGCCCUACCUUUUCUCCUCGGGUGCCCUCGGCCUCUGGACGCUCGGCAGCUUCAUCGGCAUCAUCGUCGUCGCCCCACUCGCCGGCCCCCUCACCGACGCCCUCUCCCAGUACCUCCGCCGCCGCAACAACGGCAUUCACAAGCCCGAACACCGCCUGCCCGCGCUCAUCGUCCCCUUCUGCAUCGCCCCCGUUGGGCUCGUGGUCUUCGGCUACACCACCGCCCACGCCAUGCACUACGCCCUCCCCGCCUUGGGGUCCGCCAUGGCCGCCGCCGGCCUCACCCUCGUUCCCUCCGUCAUGCUCUCGUAUGUGGUCGACUCGUACCCGCACGCCAGCGGCGAGGCGCUCGUGCUGGUCAACGUGAGCAAGAACGUUGUGGCCUUUGGGUUGAGUAAGGGGUCGGUGGAUUGGAUGAUGCGCCAGGGGCUGGCGAGGAUGUUUUAUGAGUUUGCGGGCAUUCAGUGGGCGGUGCUGGCGUUGGGGGCGCCGUUGUUUUUCCUGGGGCCGUGGCUGAGGAAGCGUACGGCUAGGUAUUUUUGA